ACCCUAACUCACCAUGGCCACCAUGUUGGUUUUAUUGUGAACGUACACCUCAGAGGUGGCGAAACUAUUGUGAAUGAGUCUUUCGCUACUCCCAAUUACCAUGGUAUAUGUUCAAUGUUAAGUUGCGUGAAUUUGUGGAAAAAACGUUGUAUAUAAGAAUUUCUCCGUACUGCCCGGUAGACGUACAAUUGAAAUGAUAAAGGCUAUUUUAGUUUUUAACAACCACGGAAAGCCUAGACUUUCGAAAUUCUAUCAAUAUUUUAAUGAAGAUAUGCAACAGCAAAUAAUAAAGGAGACUUUCCAGCUGGUUUCUAAACGAGAAGAUAAUGUUUGCAACUUUUUAGAAGGGGGAAGCCUUAUUGGUGGGUCAGAUUACAAAUUAAUAUAUCGUCACUAUGCAACGCUUUAUUUUGUCUUUUGUGUGGAUUCAUCUGAAAGCGAAUUGGGAAUUUUAGACCUUAUCCAAGUUUUUGUGGAAACUUUAGACAAAUGUUUUGAAAAUGUUUGUGAGUUAGAUUUGAUAUUUCAUGCUGAUGCGGUACAUCACAUUCUCGCUGAGCUAGUAAAGGGAGGAAUGGUUUUGCAGACAAAUAUGACCGAUAUAUUAGCACGAAUCGAAGAACAAAAUAAACUAGUGAAGCAAGAAGCAGGUAUAUCUGCUGCCCCCGCACGUGCAGUGAGUGCUGUUAAAAGCAUGAACAUUCCUCAACAAAUAAAGGAUAUAAAACUUCCCGAUUUACCCCAAGCGAUUAAAGAUUUAAAAUUCUGACCGACUCAAACUUCAGCAACCUUAAUAUUGGACUCAUUUACUACCAGCAAUGGGUCGACUUCUUCUAUUAGUUCAACAACAUUCCCUACGUUGUCAACUACAGAUAUCGAUUAUUAUACAUUUUUGCGUCAAAAUACGUACGAACUAAUUGAUGACGAAUAUGAUGUCAACAUAUCCACUCCAUACAUUUUUUCCUCAACUAGUUGCAAUUCCGAUUGCUAUCAAAGAGAAGCCGGUAUAAGUUUUUUUUCAUUGGAGACAAAAAAUAAUCAUAAUGACGUUAAAAUUGAACCUAAAAAUGGAAUGGAAAAUAAUAUGAAAGAUGAUGAACAGUUGAUCAAUAUAUCUGGCCAAGAAACCCCUAAGCGAAAGAAAAAACAAGUAUCGCUUAUUUGCAAUAAUCGCUAAGUAAUUAUUUUAGCGUGCAUUUGAAUAAACCACGUUUAUUUAAAAUAUACAAACAUGAAUUUAUAAAAUAUGGAUAAACAACGCGUGGUAACCGCUUGAAAUAUUAAAAUUCUUAAUUUUACUCAUUCAAAACAAUACAAUUUACUUCAACCCAA